CGCUCAUGACGGGGGAAUUCCCUUAGACGUGUGUUGCACCUAUUAGCAGAGACGAGAUUCCGUUUGCGAGAUCAUUUCCAGUUUAGGCUCCGGUUAGAUAGAACGGUUUAUUUUUCCAGUGUCGAAAAAUGGCAAAAGCCACCAUGCUGCAUAUUUUGUGGAUUUGGUCCAUCGUGGGAUUGGCAAACGCAGAGGAGAUGGUCAACUGUUUCGGCAAUGGUCAAUGCAAUGAUUUUCAUGCGAUUGUUCAAGGACCACAGGAUGUUGAAGCAGUUAUCCGAACUUAUAGUUACUCUAAAAAAGCCGACUUCCACGGUAAUCUGUUGACACGGUUUCUUCCCAAUGUACAGAAACCAACAGUGCAAUGGGAAAAGUUGAAUAUUUCCUAUAACUUGUUGGAAAGUGAUAUUUUUGACCAGAUUAAUAGUCCUAAGCUGAAAUAUGUUGAUAUUACCUAUAAUCAGCUAACGACGGUUACAGUACCAGCUUCAGUUAUUGAAUUUAUUGCAGAGCGAAAUAAGUUAACCAGCAUCACAAUCAAAUCAACCAGCCUAAAAAGGCUUAUUUUACCAAAAAACAAAUUAGACUCAUUCAUGGGACUCAAUAACCUUCGUCUGUUACAAGAAUUGGACUUAUCUUGUAAUCAACUCGAAACUCUCAAUAUAAACGAACUAUCGUCAAUGAGGGAUCUCAAAUCCUUGAGCUUAGCAAAUAAUCAUAUAUCAUUUAUUGAUGGGAGCACAAGCCAGCUUUCAUCACUGAAAUAUCUCGAUUUGUCCAACAACUUAUUGACUAUGGUCGAUGAAGCAUUCAAAAGUUUUCCAAAUUUGAACAAUCUGUAUCUACAAAACAAUAAAAUAGUCAUGUGGAUCAAGGAAAUGCCUAUUUCUAGGACUCUACAAGAGGUCAAUAUCCAAAAUAACGAUUGGUACUGUAGCAAUCUGGAAAUGCUGAAAUCAAAACUCGGCAAUACAAUGGUUCGAGGUCCAGAGAUUGCAUGUUCCCCGGUGGAGUCUCCCUAUGCCAAUCGAGUGAUCAAGUAUCGAAAAAAAAAAUUCAACGCUCUCAUGGAGGGGGCAGCUCAACGAGUAGGCAAUAUAACGUGUGAUUCCUUCAAGCCUAACCCAUGCGAUGGAGAUGACAACCGGGUUAAGGAAGUGGCCGGAUCUGCAAUCAGCAAUGCCGGUGAUCUUGCUCAAAGCAGCGUCCAGCUUCUUCAGAGUGACUUGGCAAAGCAUAUGAAUAUUUUGAGAGCUAUUCAGGACCAGAUUGCUGAAGCCCAGCAGAUAAACGAUCAGAUGACGAAUGAGAACAAUGAUUUGGCCAACUACAUCAGGGAGCAAUAUAACGUCGCUGGGCUUAGUGGACAUAUCGAUCCAGUUGUUCAGUUCAAUAAGUUAUUCGAACACUACGAGAGUAAUAACGCUAAAUUGAGGGCCGAAAUAAGAGCUGAAGAGCAAAACAAUUUGGAUGUGUUGGACGAAAUAAACGUUAUAGAUAACGAAAUGGAAGAUAAGAAAUACGAGGAAAGUCAGUUGCUUGAGGAGUUGAAUGCACGCAAUAGCACCGUUAUUGGCUAUCAAAAAAGAAUCGCCCAACUGCAAAAGCAACUUAGCCAACAGUAAAGUGAAGAGAAAGGCGACAUGAAUAUUGAAAUGUUAUAUCAAAUCGAAUUGUUACCUGCAACUUUACGCAAUAAAUAAUGUUUCAAUAGCGGUCUACUUUUAUUGUACAAAAGUCUAGGAAUAAAUGUUAACAAGA